ACGACUUUUUAGCUAGAUUGUAUACAAGGUACAAGCAUCUCAUGUAAAUGAAUGUGCCCAAAACAAAAAAAAACGAUUUGUAAAAACGAAUGGUUAUUCGUUGUUUGUUUGUGUGGCCCGAAGGUGAUAAAAUUGUGCUCAAAUCAUUUUGAUUGAAUUAACAAUACAGUAUAUUUAACAAGUGGUCGUCUCAACGUUACAUUCGUUUUGUAAAACAUCAAUUUUCACACAACUCAGUACCCAUGAUCAGUUUGUAUUUUACGUGAAUUUUCUACAAUUUUGUGACACAGAACAUUUUGAAAAAACAUACGCGAAAUUUUUUGGCUUGAUAAUCGAUGCGAAUUUUUGCGAUGAAAAAUUAGUUUAAUUCAACUUGAGCACAAACAAGACUGAUAAGUAAAGUAAAUAAAUAAAAGCUGCUAUUCAUUUAUCGAAAAUAAAACAAGGAUAAAAGAAAAGACAAACACGAAAAGAUAAAGACGAACUUCGUAAAAAAACUAAUAAUCAAAAUCAACAUCUCAAAAAGUAUGAUAAUAAGUAAGAGUGUGUUACGAAGUCAAGUGCAAAGCAAAUCAUGUGGACAAUAUACAUGUCAAGUGCGUAGUCUAUUUUUAUGUAUUGAUGCAUCGAUUGAGAAUACAAACAACGCCAAGCAUAAUUUCAAGCUCAUUCGUCAAUAUCACCUGGGCGGCACAACGUUAAACAAUAUUAAACAGUUAAAGACGACGACGUCGACGACAGCAACAACAAAAACCUUGGAUUCACUGUGUACGAAUCGGAAAUAUUCCCGUUUUUCUGCCAAUACAAUUCUCACUGGAACUGACAUGAUGAAAUUCACGGACUACGAUUGUAUUGGCUUCGAUUUAGACAAUACGCUGUUGCGUUACAAGCUAACGGAAAUGGUUGAAUUGGAAUAUCGUGUGCUGGCCAAUUUUCUAAUAACGAGCAAAGGUUAUGCGAGCAAAUAUUUGGAACGGCCGAUGAUCGAAAACAUUGAUUUUUUGCAAAAAGGUUUAAUCAUCGAUUUUGCACGUGGCAACAUUUUGAAGAUUGCGUACGAUGGCUAUAUAUCAAAAGCGUGUCACGGCACCAAACCCUUAUGUGAUGAGGAAAUUGUCAAGAUCUACGGUAAAAAUCGAAGUUGGCAGGUGACCAGCGAUUUUUGUAAGAACUUACUGGAGGCUUGGCAUGGACCGUUAGCUGAAGACAUGCGGACACUACUCGAUUAUUUUGAUAUGCCCGCUUCGCUUGUAUUCGCUCGUAUCGUUGACACCCUUGAUGAUGCCAAUGGAAAUAAACCAUUGGCCAAGUACAAUAUUUGGCCCGACGUUUUGGACGGACUUUGCGAAAUCUUCACAUGGGAACACUUUGAAAAUGAUCGUAGCAAAUAUUUUUCUAGCGUUAAAGUGGAUCCAGGCCGAUACAUUCAUAAAUCAUCCGAAUCGUUGAAAAACUGGCUAACGGAAUUAAGAAAACAUAAAACCGUGUUUUUGUUGACUGGUUCGCAUAUUGACUUUGCGAGUUUUACAUCGUCGUAUGCAUUUGGAAAAGAUUGGCGCAAUUUUUUCGAUGUGAUCAUUUGUUUUGCAAAAAAGCCUGGAUUUUUUGCUAAGGACCGUCCGUUUUUGCGAUCACAUGACACUGAAGAAACAACCGAAGAAAUCGAUCCGUCGCAAAUGAAACUUGGCGAAGUUUAUACGCAGGGAAACUGGAACGGUCUGAUGGAAUGUUUGGCUCAAAAAUCAAAAACCUCCAGACCAAAGGUGCUUUACAUAGGAGACAAUUUGAUACAAGACGUCUACUCACCCAAUGAUUAUUCAAAAGCCGAUACAAUCGCUAUUUCUGAAGAAAUGACAGCCGAAGGAAUGAACGGACCGGCCACGGAACACAAAGAUCAAAGGUUGCUUUGUUCACCGUUAUGGGGCACAUAUUUUUUGGCGAGCAACGACGAACCAACCAUUUGGCUUGAAAUCAUUCGCAAACAUUCAAAACUUUGCGUACCAAAUAUGGAAUACAUUGCCGCAAAUCCAAUUGAUCAUGAAUUCAAGAUUUUUACACAGAAAAUGUGUACAAACGGUUUCUAUCCGAGUGAACCGAUUUGCUUUUCGAAAUAAAAAAAAAAUUUCGAUUCGAAGAUUUAGCGAAGAAAAAAUACAAUAAUGACACAGAUAAAAGAUUUCUAUGAGAUUACCAUUUUACUUUGCAAUUCAAAUGGACUUUAGUUCUUUGUGAUUUUACGUUGCUCAUUACAAUAUUUUGACAUUAUAAUAUUUAUAUAAAUAUCAAUCCGUUUU